AUGGAAUUAAGCGGAUCUGAUUUUAGUCCGGUUUUGGAUGAUUUUAUGCGAGAAUUCGACUGCGACCCAUCUGAUCGUGAAGAUCUCUCUUGGUUCUUUUUGGAAGAUUGCAGAGCUCUUAAAGUUGAUGCAAGGAACGAGAUUGAACGAAUUCGUAAAAAAUAUGUUAAACGAAGUGAAAAAAGAGCUGCCCAGUUUGCGGACAUAGUACGUCGACUGCAAAAACGACCAGAUUUGAUAGAUGCAGACGAACUGGUUCUAUUUCUCAUAGCGUAUGCCUCGGAACAUCAGUAUGCUAGGAAGGCUGAGCGAGAUGCAAAGCUAGUAGCGGCAAAUUCGAACUCUAAUAGUGCGUUGGAAACACCGAUAUCCCGACAGCGUACCACCAGAUUUACUUUAAGUCAUUCGGCAACACCGAGUUCCGGGAGUAGCAGACAAAGCCUUUUCUCAUCGAGACAUAUACGGCUUUUAAGUCCACAGACUUCUUCACUUACUGGACGAGCAGCGCAUCUCACAGUUUUAUGUGAAGAGGAAUUGACAAGACAUGUACUGAUGGCUUUGCAAGGUAUCGAAGGUACUUACAUUAUAUGUCGCGGUGAUAAACAAGCUGAGUUACGAUUAGGCGACAUGCUUGCAGUCGACGACAUUUUACGCCUUCAGCUGUUACGAUUAUUACCCAUUGCAAACGCCUAUUUGUAUUUACGACGUGAGUCGCAAAAGCCAUCCUCGGAUCGUCUUGUCCGGGCUUUCUCUACAGGUUUAUCCGAAGUAUUAUCCAGUUACAUGUGCCUCAUUUCUAUGUUGUAUACGAAGUAUAUAUCCAACCCUGGAUCGUUUACUUGUUUGGAUAUUGCGAUUGCGUUGUCCAGCUGGGAGAUCUUAUUGCCCCUUCUGUCAAAACUUGUUUCUAUUUUUGAAGGCCUCAAAGGGAUGCAUAUUUUCAACAUGCUUUGCUCAUUUUAUUGGGGCACUGCUAAUCAAUUUAUCCAACAAUUUUUGCAAGUAUUGCUGCGCCCUAUGAUGUAUAUUUUUCAUGAAUGCCUUCAUAGCUGGCUCGUCUAUGGGCGUUUGAUGGAUCCUGGCUUCCAAUGGAUGAUUGAAUUACAAAACAAAUGGUCAGUUGAAAAAAAUUGGUCAAAUGAGUAUAAAAUAGUGGAUAAUGCAGUACCAAUAAUCUUCCAACAUUUCGAAGGACUCAAAGAAAAGAUUUUCGUUGUUGGAAAAACUGUAGCUUUGCUGGAAUUGAUGGGCAUGGAAGACGACGAUUUGCCUGAAAGACAGCGCAUAUUUUCAUCAGUUGAUUCAUUGAAAUGCUAUUUAUGUAUCUCGAGCGGUCUUCAACUUUGGUAUGCUGUUAAAAAAUUAUCUCAUCGAAUGAGUGGCAAAGUUUCGCAGAAUAUCGUUCAAAAGUAUAACUUUCAUGCCCAUAUAUUGGCUAUUGAGCGACAUUAUUUGUUGAACGAUGAAUGUUUUGCAUUAACCUUUUACGAAAAAUUGAAGAAAGAAGCAAGUAAUGACAGUGAUAUGUUAAAAUUGGAUUCCCAGCAAGUUUCUCAGGCGUUCAGUGCAGCUAUUCAACAGUGCAAUAGUUGGCCAAAAGAGAUUUUAAAACAAGCAACAAUCGACGCAACUUGCGGUUUGAUGGAAGAAUUUAACGAAACAGGAGGUUCUUCUCAUCUUGUCGCAAGUCCUCGAGAUCAAAGUGGUUGUGCAACAAUCCGUUUGAACUAUGAAUCCAAAAUCCCCAUUUCAAUUGUUCUGAAUAAAAGUGCCAUGGAACGUUAUGAAAAAGCUUUUGAAUUUAUAUGGCUUUUACUUUCAACUGAUUUUCAACUUACUGCCACUUUGCAAGAUCACCACUGCUUUAUGAAGAAUGAACCGUUGUCUGAUGCGACAUUGAUCGUGAAUAUAUUCACAGUGUUUUUUGCUCGAAUGUCUCAAGUUCUGAGCACUGUGCGGUCCUACGUCUCACGUAAUACUGUAUUACGUCUUCGAUCAACCUUGUUUCUGGAAAUGGACAAUGUUGGUGAUCUAGAUGGUCUCAUAGAGGCACAUAACCGAUAUCUUGGUCAACUUGAAAAAGGCCUUUUCUUGAAUGAAGAAAGCAUGGCGCUGCAUAACUUGUUCUGUGUAAUUUUUUCAUUAAUAACAGAUCUUCUCGGAUACUAUUCCGAUUUUCGAUCAGAGAUGGUCGAUACAAUUGAGGCCCGCAAACGUUUUAGUGAGCAACAAAAAAAGUUAACUGGGAAAGAUUUUUAUGAUACCAAAUUUUUCGAGCAAGAAGAAGAACGCAUUCGUUUGGAGGAAUUGCAGCAACAUUUGGAAGAAUAUUAUCGGCCAAAAGUGAAAACUCUAAAUUCGAAAUUUGUGCUUCUUAUGCGGGAUGUACUCAAUAUUUUAACAACGCCACCGCGCAAAUCACAUUAUGUUGAACUCGCACUGCAGCUAGAUUUAACUGACUUUUAUCGGCAUUGUGAAAUUUAA